AUGAAUCUCAGUCUGCCCAUUCGGUCUUCUAGCAGUCGGCGGAACGAAGAAAGCAGAAAUCACUUCACCAACUACACCCCCACUUCUUCGACGGAAGCUAUUGCGGGGCCAAUUCGAGAACCGGCACCCCUGAAUGACCGAUUGAUUGUUGGACUUGAUUUUGGUACUACUUACUCUGGUGUCGCAGCAGUCUAUACUUCAACUCCAGACGAUGUCGAGAUCAUAAAGACCUGGCCUGGCGGCAACGGAAUCACAUCCGACAAAGUACCCACGGAAAUAGCAUACGACUACCCCUCACAUAUACCAGAAGGUGGAGAUCCAACAAUAAAAUGGGGUUUCCAAUUCAGACCCGAAGAAUCUCGACUUCGAUGUAUCAAAUUAUUCCUCGAUCGGUCACAAAAGUUGCCCUUUUACGUUAGUCCAUUAGAGACUGCAGCUCAGCUGAAGAAAUUCAACAAGAAUGUCGUGGAUGCCGUUAGCGAUUAUCUAACACAAGUAUACGAUCAUACCAUGGAGACACUUACAAGACGGUAUGGCGAAUCCUUCAUGGCCUCGACAAAGGUGGAGUUUGUGCUUACCUGUCCGGCCGUAUGGUCAGAUGCCGCAAAGAACACAACUUUGCAGGCGGCAGAACGGGCAGGAAUGGGAGCGAAGUCUGAAAUCCAGAUGAUCAGUGAGCCCGAAGCCGCAGCUGUUUAUACCCUCAAGGCUAUACAGCCCAAUCAUCUGAGCGCUGGCGACAACUUUGUUGUUUGUGAUGCCGGCGGUGGCACCGUUGAUCUGAUCGCCUAUAAAAUUAUCUCACUGAAGCCUUUACGGGUCGAAGAGUCUGCAGUAGGAACUGGCGGGCUUUGUGGAAGUGCCUUCUUGAACUACCGCUUUGAGGAGCACGUACGAAAUCGGAUCGGCAAAGAGCGCUUCGACGAGAUGAAGCUCAAGAAAGGCAAGUGCUGGCAGAUGGGGCUACGAUACUGGGAAGAAUUCGUAAAGCGUAACUUCAACGAAGAAGAACACGCAGAAGUCAACGUGCCAUUUCCAGGCCUCCCCGAUGAUGAAGAAGCUGGUCUGGACUGCGGUUUCCUGGUCAUGACAGCUCCUCAAAUUAAGGAGAUCUUCGAGCCUGUCGUCAGAGAAGUUUGCGAGCUUGUGCAAGGCCAAGUCGAUGGCAUACGACAAAAAGGCGGGAUUGUGUCUGGUAUUGUGCUCGUUGGUGGCUUUGGCCAGAGUAAUUAUCUUUACACUCGACUGAAGUCUCACUUCAACACCGCAGCACCGCCCCCAUACAGCGAGAGACCAACGCAUGCUCAGGCCACUGCGAUAAUCGAGAACGGUUCCGUUGAGGUCAUGCAGCCCGUCAAUGCAUGGACUGCAGUUGUUCGCGGAGCUGUACUGAGAGGUCUUGAGGGAAGCAUGGUCAUUUCUCGCAAAGCAAGAAUGCACUAUGGGACUUCAUAUGCCACCGUGUAUGAUGAAGAUAAACAUCAAGUGAGCGAGCGGUAUUGGAGUCCACUGUGGGAACGAUGGAUGGUCAGCGAUCGCAUGCAGUGGCACAUCACGAAGGGCGAGGCUCUCAGCGCAGCAACGCCUAUCAGCUUUCACUAUACCCGGAACUUCAGGCCUGGACAAUCACUCGUUGUAUCCGACGAUCUCAUCGCAUCUGAUGCAGACGGCGAGCCACCAUCCUCAUACACGCGCGACCUAAUAAAUGUCUGUACGCUCACUACAGACCUCGGCGCCGUGCCUAAAAGUUUAUUCACAAGACUGACAACGACUCGUGGGGUGGAAUUUGACAACUUGGACUUUACGCUCGAGAUGGUGGUCGAGAGUGCCGGGUUGGCAUUCGAGCUGAAGGUCGAUGGGUUUAGAUAUGGGAGAGUGGAGGCGGAGUUCCAUUGA